AUGUUAUACAACGAGCGAGAGUCUUCGGAGUCUGAGACUAUCUUUGAGACUUCAAAUGAUGGUCUCCUUGGAGCAAAACGUAAACUUCGCAACCAAGAUACUCGGAAAACUCAAAGGACGCUUUUCAGUAUUCUAACAGUCUUCAAUCUUUUCGUCUUUGGUAUAACUUGUGCAGUGUGGACAAAUUUGAGGUUGAAUGGCAAAAGUACACUUGACGCACAAAAGAAGGUAUCCAUCUAUUGUAUGAUUCUCUCUCGACUCAAAGGUAUCUACUGAUAUUAAACAGCACCCGUUCUCGAUAGCGGAGUACCCAUAGAUCUAGAUGAAUCAACUAAGAACCACACACUUUGGGGCGACGACGAAAACACCUCAAUAUAUAUCCAAGACCCCAGUCCCGAAGUUGAUGCUGCCUGGAAUUUUAUCGCCGCAGAUUCUAGUGCCAUCAUAACGGUGAACUCAGAAGAAGCAAUUCGCCUUGGAAGAGAUCCAAAGGUCAUUGUCAAAGCUCCGCCGGAGUGGGGAUUUGGUAAUGAUGCCUAUCCAGCCCAGGUGGACGUGGUGAGUAAAUUCUAAUACUCCCAUAAGUUAUGAAGUGAUUCUAAUGUCUAGUUCCAUGAAAUUCAUUGUCUCAAUAUGCUCCGCAAAGAAUUGGUACGUCUCAGAUGCACAAAAACAUUUUUCAAGGUGACUGACAGACAAUACUAGUGGUGGGAUUACUAUUUCCGCCCAAGAUACGGGAACCCAGAAAACGCCGAUUAUCUCCAUGUUCGCCACAAACGGCAUUGCCUUCGAAUCAUACUUCGUACACUCAUGUGCCACGCAGAUCUCGAUAUAGUUACACACAACUGGCGGCGAGGAAGCUAUCGGCCAAUUGCCGACUUCAACAACCCCCGUAAGUGUCGGAACUUCGAGGGCUUGUUGGAGUGGAACAAUGCUCAUGCUAUACCGGAUGAUAUGGAAAAAUGGCGAAUGAUCAAGCGACCUGAUAAUGCGGUGAUUUUACCAAAACCAACACCGAAUUUGUAUACAUCGGAAGAGAGUGAGGAUUGGAUAAAUGGUGUGUGA